CUCCUCUUCCCCUCCGCAGCGGCCCGCCCUGGCCCGCAAACCCAAACACUCCAGGCGCCCGCCCACCGCGCGUGAUUCUCGCUUCGCCGCCGCCCAGCCUUGCGCGCCCCGCCUGGCGCCCCCCGCCCGGCCGCGCCGGGCCCCUGGCCCCGCGGAGCGAUGCUGCUGCUGGCUGCCGCCUUUCUCGUGGCCUUCGUGCUGCUGCUCUACAUGGUGUCUCCGCUCAUCAGCCCCAAGCCCCUCGCCCUGCCCGGGGCGCAUGUGGUGGUUACAGGAGGUUCCAGUGGCAUCGGGAAGUGCAUUGCCAUUGAGUGCUAUAAACAAGGAGCCUUUAUAACUCUGGUUGCACGAAAUGAGGAUAAGCUGCUGCAAGCAAAGAAAGAAAUUGAAAUGCACUCUAUUAAUGAUAAACAGGUGGUGCUUUGCAUAUCGGUUGACGUAUCUCAAGACUAUAACCAAGUAGAGAAUGUCAUAAAACAAGCACAGGAGAAACUGGGUCCAGUGGACAUGCUUGUAAAUUGUGCAGGAAUGGCGAUGUCAGGAAAAUUUGAAGAUCUUGAAGUUAGUACCUUUGAAAGGUUAAUGAGCAUCAAUUACCUGGGCAGCGUGUACCCCAGCCGGGCCGUGAUCACCACCAUGAAGGAGCGCCGGGUGGGCAGGAUCGUGUUUGUGUCCUCCCAGGCAGGACAGUUGGGAUUAUUCGGUUUCACAGCCUACUCUGCAUCCAAGUUUGCCAUAAGGGGAUUGGCAGAAGCUUUGCAGAUGGAGGUGAAGCCAUAUAAUGUCUACAUCACAGUUGCUUACCCACCAGACACAGAUACACCUGGCUUUGCCGAAGAAAACAGAACAAAGCCUUUGGAGACUCGACUUAUUUCAGAGACCACAUCUGUGUGCAAACCAGAACAGGUGGCCAAACAAAUUGUUAAAGAUGCCAUACAAGGAAAUUUCAACAGUUCCCUUGGCUCCGAUGGGUACAUGCUCUCGGCCCUGACCUGUGGGAUGGCUCCAGUAACUUCUAUUACUGAGGGGCUCCAGCAGGUGGUCACCAUGGGCCUGUUCCGCACUAUUGCUUUGUUUUACCUUGGAAGUUUUGACAGCAUAGUUCGUCGCUGCAUGAUGCAGAGAGAAAAAUCUGAAAUUGCAGACAAAACUGCCUAAUUCUUCUCACCCUUUGGAAGAAGACUGUUUCCAAAUAAUUUGAACAGCUUGCUGCUAAAUGGGACCCAAUUUUUGGCCUAUAGACACUUAUAUAUUGUUUUCAAAUGUGUCAGAUUGGACCAGUGCUCUUCAGAAAUGUGGCUGCAAGCAAGGGGCUAGAAGUCCACCUCCUGACAAUAUUAUUAAUACUAUGCAAAUAUGGAAUAGGAGACCAUUUGAUUUUCUAGGCUUUGAGGUAGAGAAGUGAAGGUAUGAGAAUUAAUACCAUGUGAACAAGGUAAAGAAUAGGAUUCCAGAAUGAUCAUUAAAUUGUUUUCUAUUUA